AUGGCCGCCGCUAUCACCGACAUGGCCGACCUGGAGGAGCUCUCCCGCCUGAGCCCUCUGCCCUCCGGUAGCCCUGGCCAGGCGGCGCGGCGCCGGGCUGAGCCUCCUGAGGAGGAGGAGGAAGAGGAAGAAGAGGAGGCGGAGGCCGAGGCUGUGGCGGCGCUCCUGCUGAACGGCGGUGUUGGUGGGGGCGGUGGCGGCGGAGUGGGGGGCGGCGAGGCGGAGACGAUGUCGGAACCUAGCCCCGAGAGCGCCAGCCAGGCCGGGGAAGACGAGGACGAGGAGGAAGACGAGGAGGAGGACGAGAGCAGCAGUAGUGGUGGUGGCGAGGAGGAGAGUAGCGCCGAGAGCUUGGUGGGCAGUAGCGGCGGGAGCAGCAGCGACGAGACGCGCUCGCUGAGCCCCGGCGCCGCCAGCAGCAGUAGCGGGGAUGGGGACGGCAAGGAGGGCCUGGAGGAGCCCAAGGGACCGAGGGGCAGCCAGGGCGGCGGUGGGGGCGGCAGUAGCAGCAGUAGCGUCGUCUCUAGCGGAGGGGACGAAGGCUACGGGACCGGGGGAGGCGGAAGCAGUGCGACCUCCGGAGGCCGGCGAGGCAGCUUGGAGAUGUCGUCGGAUGGGGAGCCCCUGAGCCGCAUGGACUCGGAGGACAGCAUAAGCAGUACUAUAAUGGAUGUCGACAGCACAAUUUCCAGUGGGCGCUCAACUCCAGCAAUGAUGAAUGGACAAGGAAGCACUACUUCUUCAAGCAAAAAUAUUGCCUAUAAUUGUUGUUGGGACCAGUGCCAGGCUUGCUUCAACUCUAGUCCAGAUCUGGCAGAUCACAUCCGUUCCAUACAUGUAGAUGGUCAGCGAGGAGGGGUAUUUGUUUGCUUAUGGAAAGGUUGUAAAGUAUAUAAUACUCCAUCAACUAGUCAGAGUUGGUUACAGAGACAUAUGCUAACACAUAGUGGAGACAAACCUUUUAAGUGUGUUGUUGGUGGCUGCAAUGCCAGCUUUGCUUCUCAGGGAGGGCUAGCUCGCCAUGUACCCACACACUUCAGUCAACAGAACUCCUCAAAAGUGUCUAGCCAGCCAAAGGCCAAAGAAGAAUCUCCUUCUAAAGCUGGAAUGAACAAAAGGAGGAAAUUAAAGAACAAAAGACGACGCUCACUACCACGACCACAUGAUUUCUUCGAUGCACAAACACUGGAUGCGAUAAGACAUCGAGCCAUAUGCUUUAACCUCUCAGCUCAUAUAGAAAGUUUAGGGAAGGGACACAGUGUUGUUUUUCAUAGUACUGUAAGUAUUUUUAAAAGAAAGUGAGGUGCGGGGAAAAUAAAGUUGUUGUUGAAUUGGUUUCCUGCAAGUAUCUUACCUGAUGUAUGGGUGAAUGAAAGUGAACGACAUCAAUUAAAAACUAAAGUAGUUCAUUUAUCAAAGCUACCCAAAGAUACUGCCUUGCUUUUGGAUCCAAACAUAUACAGAACAAUGCCACAGAAGAGGUUGAAGAGAACUCUGAUAAGAAAAAUGUUCAGUUUGUAUUUAAGCAAACAGUGA